UCCAUCGCGACAUAGGGAAAACGAACUCGGAAAGUGCGCUCAUGGAACGUGCGUUUUAAUGACUCAAAAAAAAUGUCUUCUUUCAUCACAUCACGACAAUCCAAACGCGGCACUUUACGCAUCUCCGAGUAACCGUUUUGUCACAUUUCUUUUAAUUCCCGAACUUUCUCGACGUAUAUAUGCAUCCAAACUCUCCCAUCUGCACUACCAGCCAUUUCUCUCUCUCUCUCUCUCGCUCUCCCUCUCUACUUCUCUGACAGAUCCACAUCUGCACUAUUAUCCAUCUCUCUCUCUCUCCCCCUCCCUCCCUACCUCUCUCACCGAAUCAUAUCUGUACUGUCAUCCCUCUCUCUCUUUCUCACUCACUCACCGAAUCACUAUGCAGAUGGGAUCUACCCUUACGGCGUCGAGUCAACCCGGUUUUACGCUUGGCCGCACCAGUUCUAUCAAAUGUCGCGGACCAUCAUUAAAACCGCGACCGAAACCCCCUCGUAUGUCAACCCAAAUGAUAAAAAACUCGUUAUCAAUUGCGCCAGCAUUCAACCAAUUUUUUACCGGUGAGAAACUCAGCGAGUCGACUCGGAACCAUCUUGCUAACUUGGAAAAACUACUUGAGAAGAAAGCGCCUUUGUCUGACCCACAUACAAAAGAUUCCCUUGAGAUGCCUCAGGAAAAUAGAACAAGAGGUGUGCUUGACGGCCUGAGUCUUCCCAGAAUAUGGCCCGGAUGGAAGGGGGCAGACGAGAUGUCGCCACGGAAUCUUAACGAUCUACAGAGACUACUGUCCAAAUCGCCGGAAUAUUCCCCGAGGAAUAAUAUCGGGGACCGGUGGAAGGAAUAUCACGGUAGCAAUGACUGGGCUGGCCUGCUCGAUCCUCUCGACGAGAAUCUCCGGCGAGAGGUUAUCAGAUAUGGAGAGUUCGUCCAGGCCGCCUACCGCUCGUUCCAUGAGGAGCCUGCCACGUCAGCGGAAGGCGUCUCUACAGUGCACCACGUGGAAUUGCCGGAUAGAUCGUACAGGGUGACCAAAGAUCUGUAUGCCACGUCAUCCAUCGGGUUACCAGAAUGGGUGGACGACGUGGCUCCCAAUCUGGGAUGGAUGACCCAGCGGACCAGCAGGAUCGGAUACGUGGCAGUCUGUGAUGAUCCGAGGGAGAUCGCGAGGAUGGGCCGGCGGGACAUCGUGAUCGCGCUCCGUGGGACAUCCACGUGUCUUGAGUGGGCCGAGAACGUCAGGGACGUCCUUGUACCCAUCCCAGCAGAUGUGGGCUCCAGCGGCACGAAUCCAAAGGUAGAAUGCGGGUUCUGGAGCCUCUACAAGACUGGUGGGCCCCAAACGCCGAGUUUAUCAGAGGCCGUAGUGGAAGAGGUGCAGCGGCUCAUAAACCUAUACAAAGGCGAGCCACUCAGCAUUACUGUGAUCGGUCACAGCCUGGGUGCAGCCCUCUCCAUACUAGCCGCAGACGAGCUCAGCACGUGCUCCCCACACGUGCCACCAAUUGCUGUGUUCUCCUUCGGUGGUCCACGAGUUGGAAACCGACGGUUCGCCGACCGGGUCGAGAAAAACGGGGUAAAGGUACUGCGCAUCGUCAACGCUCAGGAUGUCAUCACAAGGGUCCCGGGCGUGUUCGCUAGUGAACAACUCGACCAGAAGCUCCGAGCUGGCGCCGGGAAUGUAGCCGGCAUGCUCGACAUGAUGGACGACAUGCCUUGGGCGUACUCGCACGUGGGAACCGAGCUGAGAGUAGACAGCAGGAGUUCACCUUACCUGAAGCCGGAUGCUGACAUGGCAUGUUGCCAUGACAUGGAGGCGUACCUACACUUAGUAGAUGGGUUCAUGGGUUCCGAUUGCCCAUUUAGGUCAAAUGCAAAGAGGAGUAUAGUGAGAUUAUUGCAUGAGCAAGGAUCUAACGUAAAGAAAUUGUAUACAAGGAAGGCCCUUACGUUGAAUCUAGAGAGGGUGGGAGCUCUAUCUCCAAGGUGCUUGCCAAGCCCUACAUGACUGAUCAUAUAUGUACAUGUCAUAACCAUUCAUUUCACAUGACCAUUUCGUUCUUUUAAUAGAAAUUGGACAUGAUGGUA